AUGACAGAAGUAAAAAAAAGAAACUUAAAUAAAGAAGAAAAAGAAAAAGAAAAAAAAGAAGAAAAAGAAGAAAAGGAAAAUAUAGCAACAGGUAGUGUUAAAGAAAAAAAGGAUGAAAGCAAUGAACACAAAGAAAAAAAUGAAAAGGAUAAAUCAAUUAAAAAGAAUAAAAUUAAAAAGUCAAAGCAUAAACAAUUAGAUGAGUUACCACAAAAUGCAUUAUGUAUUAGAUUUUUUGGUAUGAUUGUAAUGACAGUUAUAACAUUUUUAUUUUGGAGUUUAUCAAAUAAUAAUGGUGUUAGUCAAGAUUCAUCAUUUUAUAUUAAAGAAAUGCCAGCACCACUAUUAAAACACUAUCAGUCAGGAAUUACAGUACCAGUAUUUGACAAAUCAAAUGGUGAAACAUUCAAUGUGUUCCUUGUUCAAAAUGGUAUCAACUUUGAACUCGAACAAGAAAAUACAAAUGAACCAUUCGAAUAUGGUUACAGCGAAUCGAAAACAAAUCCAGCUGAUUGUGAAGUAGCAUUACUAAUCCAUGGACACACUACAACAAGUUUUUCAUAUAGAAAGUCAAUGUUUUAUUUUCAAGAGGCAAAUAUUCAUCCAAUUGCCAUCGAUUUACCAUGCUUUGGUUUCUCUGACCCAUUAAAGAAUUGCAGCUAUGUAGAGAUUAGUGAACGUAUCGAUGAUAUUUUAGAUAGUCUUCAAAUUCGUAAAGGUGUUCAUUUGGUACUAUAUGAUACUGGUGCAAUUAUUGGUUCACUCUUUUAUUUAAAGCAUUCAAAUAGAGUUAAAUCAAUAACAUAUGUCGACCCAAUUAUCGAUAUGUCCCAUCUCCCAUUCUAUUACAAAAUUAUUGACACCCCAGUAGUUAAUCAAUUAUAUUUGAAAUUUAUCUCAUCACCAUAUCUUUCAACAUUAAGAUAUAAAUAUUAUUCACACUACUAUAAAUUAACAAAUACUACCCAACCAGAUAUUGACAGUUAUUUUUAUAGUCUUAGAUUUAAAGAUAACAUUAAUAGUUUCAUAAAUUCUUAUAAAGAAACCGAUAAAAGUUUUAAAACAGCAUUUAAUAUUUAUAAUUCAAAACUUAAAACUAGAGAUAUUCCAAUUCAUCUUAUUAUUACAACUGAUUAUAUUCCAAGUUAUCACUCAAAAUUAAUUCAAAAUAAAUUAUCGACCUCAAUUAAACAUAUAGAUUCAACAAACACCAAAUCAAUAUUCUUUGAAGAUACACCCAUCACAAUUUUAACUCAAGUUGCAGAUAUUAUGGAUACAAUGGAUCCAAAAUUAAGAGAAGUUAAAGAAAAACCAAAGCAACAACAUAAUCAUGAUCAUGGUCAUGGUCACGGUCACGGUCAUGAUCAUUCGCAUGGUCAUUCUCAUGGUCACGAUCACGGUCAUAGUCACGAUCAUGGUCAUGGUCAUGGUCACAGCCACGGUCACGAUCACGGACAUGGUCAUGGUCAUGAUCAAUUUGGUAUGGGCCAUAAUUAUGGGCUUUAA